AGAAAAGCUCGUCGGAGGACUGCCGGCGUUGAACGGAAGUGGGUCAGAUUACGGCGGAGGGAGGGAUGGGGUGUAAGAAGUGCGAGACGCAGAAGCCCAAGUACAGGAAGGGGCUGUGGUCGCCGGAGGAAGACGAGAAGCUGAGUAGCUACGUGCUCCGGUACGGCCACGGCUGCUGGAGCUCCGUCCCCGCCAAAGCUGGAUUGCAACGGAACGGAAAGAGCUGUAGACUCCGUUGGAUCAAUUAUCUGCGGCCAGGAUUAAAACGUGGGGUCUUCACUGUAGAGGAAGAGGAAACUGUUAUGGGUCUUCAUGGUUUGUUAGGCAACAAGUGGUCACAAAUAGCAAUGCAUUUGCCCGGAAGAACAGACAAUGAAAUCAAGAACCACUGGAAUUCGUAUCUAAAGAAAAAAGUGAUGAAGGUGGAGGAAUUUGAAUCCAGUCCAAACACCACCCCAAAUUCCAAUUCGACCUCAACAACCCAAGAAACUACACCCUUUCCCAAACAACCAAACACCCAAAUUUCGAAAUUUGAAAAUUUUGAACCGUUGGAAGGGUCCAUGGACACAGAACAAUCAGUGGUACAUGUUUCAGACCGUUGCAAUCUCAAGGAAACAUGCAAGAAUUCCAUUCCCAAGGUUUUAUUCUCUGAGUGGCUAUCCGUCGAUCACAUCGACAGCCUGGGUACCGUGGAUUCCAGUGAUGGGACGGUUCCUACGGGUAAUUCUAACAACUUGAACACUGAGGCAUCGUUCAAUUACGGAUAUUUACACGGUGACGGAUCAUCAACAGGUGAAUUCAGUGAAUACAUGGAGUUCAAUUCGCACCAAUUCGACCAUGAGACUCAGCUCCUAGGAAAUGGAUUUUUCGAUUUCUUAUCACCUGAUGAGAUCUGCAGUAAUUUCACCAUGAGCAAUGAUGUAAUCUAUUGAUGUAAUUUAAGAAAUUUGUAUGUUUUUGUGAAAUUUCUGUAAGUGCAUAGAGUUAGAGCUUUUCAAAGUGCAUAUAUAAAAAAAGAAAAUGGGGCGUUUGGAUGUAUUAUCAAAACAAGUUUGUUUAAUCAA